AUGAAGUUGCUGCCGCUCAAGAUCGCAAACAAGUUCAAUAAGCCCUUCAGCAACGCCGAGGUGGAGGGGGAGCCCAUGGACAUGCAGGCCGAUGCGGUCUUUGCCACGUCCCUGACAAAGGUGAAAGAGACCGCCGAGAAGAACCUGGGCAAGGAUGUCAACCAUGCACUGGCCGCUGUGCCGGCGUAUAUCAACGAGGCGCAGAUGCAGCCCAAGAAGGACCCGAACACUAACUCUGGGAUGAUCUUCCUUCAUAUCAUCAGCAAGCCCUGGGCGGCGAUCGCCGACGACAAAACAGCCGAGGAGAUACGCGAGGUGAUCACGAAUAAGUUUCCCGACGUCAGUUUCAAGCCCGACUGCAAGAAGUACGUCGAGCGCGCGCGCGCGUUGGACGCGGAGGCGGCCAAGCGCCCGCAGACAAUGCUAUUUGCUAUUGGGGAGAUCUCGGAGAAGUCCCCCAACGUCAAGCUCAACCCCGUCUGCAAGACGGACAUCGAGAGCGCGUGUGACGCGGCGGUGGCCAAGUGCCUGCGCGAGCUGAAGACGUUGGCGAGUCCGACGUCCAUCGAGAAGCUCAUCUACGAGGCCGCGUUGCACAAUCAGAUCGAUGACAAGGCCGUUGAGGAGAUCCGCCAGGUGUCUGGCGCCAAG